AUGGUUUACCAGCAGCAAUGCAAACAGACCUGCCUGCCUCCUCCUUGCUGUGUGACCAAGUGCACUACCAAAUGCCUGGAUCCCUGCUGCAAAGUCUGUGUGACCAAGUGUGUGACAAAAUGCGUGGAUCCUUGCUGUAAAGUCUGCGUGAAGAAGUGUACUACAUGCGUGCAUCCAUGUCCAUGCCCGUGCCCUGAAAACAGUGCUCCACAGGUGGGCAUUUUGGAAGGCAUGGAGGACAUGGAGGACACUUUUGAGGGCACGGGCACGGACAUGGAUGCAGUUUUGCCCACGUCCAGGAAGAUGGUUUACCAGCAGCAAUGCAAACAGACCUGCCUGCCUCCUCCUUGCUGUGUGACCAAGUGCACUACCAAAUGCCUGGAUCCCUGCUGCAAAGUCUGUGUGACCAAGUGCGUGACAAAAUGCGUGGAUCCUUGCUGUAAAGUCUGCGUGAAGAAGUGCACUACAUGCGUGCAUCCAUGUCCAUGCCCGUGCCCUGAAAAGUGCAUUCCGUGCCCUGAAAACAGUGCUCCACAGGUGGGCAUUUUGGAAAGCACGGAGGACAUGGAGGGCACUUUUGAGGGCAUGGGCACGGGCAUGGAUGCACCUGGGCCACAGGGUUCCAAGAACGAGUUCCUCCCUGGAAGAGUUUUGCCCACGUCCAGGAAGAUGGUUUACCAGCAGCAAUGCAAACAGCCCUGCCUGCCUCCUCCUUGCUGUGUGACCAAGUGCACUACCAAAUGCCUGGAUCCCUGCUGCAAAGUCUGUGUGACCAAGUGCGUGACAAAAUGCGUGGAUCCUUGCUGUAAAGUCUGCGUGAAGAAGUGCACUACAUGCCUGCAUCCAUGUCCAUGCCCGUGCCCUGAAAAGUGCAUUCCGUGCCCUCAAAAGUGCAUUCCGUGCCCUGAAAAGUGCAUUCCAUGCCCUGAAAAGUGCAUUCCGUGCCUGGAAAAGUGUCCUCCGUGCCCUCCAUGCCCUGAAAAAUGCCCCCCCGUGCCGUACUGCUGCAAAGAAAAGAAGUUCUGCAGUGCUCCACAGGUGGGCAUUUUGGAAAGCAUGGAGGACAUGGAGGACACUUUUGAGGGCACGGGCAUGGACAUGGAUGCAGUUUUGCCCACGUCCAGGAAGAUGGUUUACCAGCAGCAAUGCAAACAGCCCUGCCUGCCUCCUCCUUGCUGUGUGACCAAGUGCACUACCAAAUGCCUGGAUCCCUGCUGCAAAGUCUGUGUGACCAAGUGUGUGACAAAAUGCGUGGAUCCUUGCUGUAAAGUCUGCGUGAAGAAGUUUUUGCCCACGUCCAGGAAGAUGGUUUACCAGCAGCAAUGCAAACAGACCUGCCUGCCUCCUCCUUGCUGUGUGACCAAGUGCACUACCAAAUGCCUGGAUCCCUGCUGCAAAGUCUGUGUGACCAACAGUGCUCCACAGGUGGGCAUUUUGGAAAGCACGGAGGACAUGGAGGACACUUUUGAGGGCACGGGCACGGGCACGGGCACGGGCAUGGAUGCUUUUGCAUCUUCCUCUGAGGCAUCUGGUACUGCUCACUUGCAGAGAGAAGAUAGUGGCCUGGAUGGAUCUCUGAGCUGA